CUAUUCGCUUCUCAAAAGCCGGCCGGCCGCUCUUCUUCUCAAGGAGAGAGACGAUGGGCGCCGGCGGACGUUCCCGCCUGACAUUCGACGAGACCAGCGCGCCACCGCUGCAGCCGCAGCCGCGCAAGGCGGCUCAGGGUAACUCUGACGCCGGGAGACGGCGUUACGCUUGGGCGGGCAUCUUCUUCCUCUUUGCUGUCGCGGCGCCGUGCGCCCGCCCGUCCUGGGAGCUGGUGUCGCAACUCAUCUCGCUGGGUGGCACCGGCGAGCAGCAGGCCUCUCGGGGCAAGGUGCUCCUGGGUCCUCAGAGCCUCGCGCACGGCGGCCGGGUCGUGCUCGAGAGACCAGAGGGGCUGCGGCACCCGAUCCUGCGGAUCUCGGCCGGCCACCGGUUCGACGAGGACUCGGUGGCGGACGCGCAGGCCUUUAUGACGCGCGUGCUGCGGCAGCGGCGCGCCUUCACCGUCGAGUGGGACCCGCGUGGCAUCACCUGGCCGAGGCUGUCGCAGGGGAUGAUGCGGCGCGUGCACGACUGGGUGGAGCAGCACGUCAAGGCGUGGGACACGCACGUCCAGGCGCACGUCGUGCUGGUCCGCAACCCCAUCGCACGGCAGCUCGUCCGCCUGCUGCAGCGCGUCUUCCUCCCACCACAGCCGACGGCGAUCGUGCGCGACGAGGUCGAGGCGCUCGCCUUCGUGCGCUCGUGCUGCUCGGGACGGCCGCGCUCCUACGUCAAGUCGAAGCAAGAGUACGCUAGCCGAGACGCGCGAUUCGCCCUCUCGUCGUCGUCUUAGCCAUCUGCCAGGCCAACUCGCGGCGAGGCCGGGGAGCGCCUGUGCGAUCCGUCCGCUCUCUCCGCUGAGCGCCUUUGCCGCGCGUGAUGCAACCGGCGCCAACACGCGCGCAUGCUCCCAGCCAAUGCUGCAAAGGGGCAGUUCUGAGAGACUCUUCUUUUCAGUCUUGUGUGUGACGCGGUGUUCGGGUUGCGGUUGGUGUAGAUUUAUGACGGGCUGCGCUGACCUCG